AAAAGAUUCAAUUUUAUUUAAUAGUCUGUCCGGCGAUAAAAAAAGAUUCCUAUCAACAUCAUCAUCACUCGCCGGCUAAUGGCCACAACGUUGACACGUGUCGCCGUCGGCGCCUUCCUUCUUGUUGUCUUAGCCUCGCUGGUUGCCGUCUCCGUCGCGAGAAAAGGUCCUGAUGAUGUUAUCAAACUCCCGUCGCAGGCUUCUCGGUUCUUCCGUCCUGCUCAAAACGACGACGAUUCUAACGCCGGUACUAGGUGGGCUGUUCUAGUCGCCGGAUCUAGCGGAUAUUGGAAUUACAGACAUCAGGCUGAUAUAUGCCAUGCUUAUCAACUUCUGAGGAAAGGUGGCUUGAAAGAGGAGAAUAUUGUGGUAUUUAUGUAUGAUGAUAUUGCUAACAAUUACGAGAAUCCAAGGCCUGGAACUAUUAUCAACAGCCCUCAUGGAAAGGAUGUCUAUCAAGGAGUUCCUAAGGAUUAUACUGGAGAUGAUGUUAAUGUUGAUAAUCUAUUUGCGGUGAUCCUUGGAGACAAAACUGCUAUUAAAGGGGGAAGUGGAAAGGUUGUGGAUAGUGGUCCUAAUGAUCAUAUCUUCAUAUUCUACAGUGACCAUGGUGGUCCUGGAGUUCUUGGGAUGCCGACUUCUCCUUACCUAUAUGCAAAUGAUCUCAAUGAUGUCUUAAAGAAAAAACAUGCUUCAGGAACCUAUAAAAGCUUGGUGUUUUAUCUCGAAGCUUGUGAAUCUGGAAGUAUCUUUGAAGGGCUUCUUCCAGAAGGUUUGAACAUCUAUGCCACAACUGCAUCAAACGCCGAAGAAAGCAGUUGGGGUACCUAUUGCCCUGGAGAGGAACCUAGUCCUCCACCGGAGUAUGAAACUUGUUUAGGUGACUUGUACAGUGUUGCUUGGAUGGAAGACAGUGGUAUGCACAAUUUACAGACUGAGACUCUGCACCAGCAAUAUGAACUUGUGAAAAGGAGGACUGCACCUGUUGGGUACUCUUAUGGUUCUCAUGUCAUGCAAUAUGGCGAUGUUGGACUUAGCAAGGAUAAUCUCGAUCUUUAUAUGGGAACAAACCCUGCCAAUGACAAUUUCACAUUUGCGGAUGCCAAUUCACUGAAGCCACCUUCAAGAGUUACAAACCAGCGUGAUGCAGAUCUUGUCCAUUUUUGGGAAAAGUACCGAAAAGCACCAGAAGGUUCCGCCAGGAAAACAGAAGCUCAGAAGCAAGUACUUGAAGCCAUGUCUCACAGACUUCAUGUUGACAAUAGCGUGAUACUCGUCGGAAAAAUCUUGUUUGGCAUUUCGAAAGGUCCUGAAGUGCUAAGCAAAGUACGGUCUGCUGGGCAACCGCUAGUCGAUGACUGGAACUGCCUUAAAAAUCUGGUGAGAGCUUUCGAGAGGCACUGUGGAUCGCUGUCUCAGUACGGUAUCAAGCACAUGAGGUCCUUUGCAAACAUCUGCAACACAGGGAUCCUAACUGAGCAAAUGGAGGAGGCAGCUUCACAGGCUUGUACCUCAAUCCCACCUGGUCCUUGGAGCUCGCUUCACCGUGGAUUCAGUGCAUAGAAACCCUAAAACCCUCUUCGCAUUUGUUUAUAUUACUACCAAUCCCCAAAUAUUCCUAUUUCCAUUUGUAAUGAUUAAAUCAUUAUUCUCCCUGUAUAUCUCACUAUCAUUUCCCCUCUGCAGUGCUUGUAGAAUGUAUUUGCUAUGUACAAAUGCUUGUUGAACUAAAGUUGAAUGUAUAGA